GCUGCUUUGAUCGGCGCCGACUGUAAACAAUCCGAGUUGGCAGCCCGAGUGUGGCAGGUCCGUCGCCGUCUGUCAGGAUGGCCAGCCCUCGCACGCGUCGGGUACUUGCGGAAAUUAAGCCCAAAGAUGAGAAUAGUCAAUGCUUUGAAUGUGGGACGCAUAAUCCACAGUGGUCGUCUGUAACCUAUGGGAUAUGGAUUUGUCUGGAAUGCUCAGGAAAACACAGAGGCCUUGGAGUACACUUGUCCUUUGUCAGGUCUAUAACUAUGGACAAGUGGAAGGACAUAGAACUUGAAAAGAUGAAGGUUGGUGGAAACAGGAGAGCAAAGGAUUUCCUUUUUAGUCAACCAGAUUACGAUCAUCAGGCCCCACUGCAGCAGAAGUAUAACACUCGAGCUGCUGCUCUCUAUAGAGAUAAGAUCACUGCUUUAGCCCAAGGGAAAUCAUGGAGUGUAGAAUCUUCUCAGGCAAAGAACCACCAGUCAUCAACAAUCCCCAAAUCAGUCUCUACACCAGCAUUCAAGUCAGGAGGACAAAAUAGCUAUGCAUCCAAUGGCUAUGGUUACGGUGGUGGUGGUGGAGGAGGUGGGGGGGGUGGGGGCUACCAGGACUGCCAAGGAGGAUACCAAGGAGGCUUCACCGACCCCAGUUUGAAGAACCAGACAGAAGCUUUCUUUGAACGCAUCCAAAAUGAGAAUGCCAGCAGACCAGAUUACCUGCCACCAUCACAGGGAGGAAAGUACACUGGAUUUGGAAACUGCCCCAACCCUCCACCAAAGAGUGCCUCUACUGAGUUUUUCGACACCGCUGUGUCAUCUCUUACAACAGGAUGGUCUUUACUCUCUGUUGGUGCUACUAAAGUUGCUGGAAAGGCCAUGGAGUAUACAAACAUUGCAUCAGAGAAAGCAGUUGAAUACAGUCACACCAUCAGUGAUAAGGUCCGGGAUGGAAAGCUGGUGGAAGAAAUAUCAUCUCAGGCUGCUGCGUUGGGACAUAAGGUCUCAGAGGUGUCACGACGAGGAUGGAGCGAGGCUUCAAAGGUAUUAAACACAGGAGGGUCAGGAGGAACUCUUGCCAUAACUGGGAGUUCUGGUGGGCCACAUGAACGCUCCUCGCUUCUCCUGGGUCCUGGAGAUGGUUAUCAGCGCCUUGAUAAUGCGAGGAAGGAAGGUGCUCAAACUGGAAUGGGCCUUGACCUUGAUCCUGAACAAACUCCCAGGAAUAGUGAACUAGCCUCUAAGGAUGACUCCAGCAUGUGGGAGAACGGGAGAUCAAGUGAUGGCUGGGGUGAUGACAACUGGAGCAAUGACUGGGGAAGUGGGAACAACAGCUUAACAACUUCUCCCACUCAAGGUGGAAGAAAUUCAGCUACUCCUUCCCCUAAUGCCCGUGCCUCCAAAACAAAUUCACACAGCAGCAGUAGUGGAAAGAUGAAGUCUUCAAAGAGCAAGGAGAGUUCUCAGGAGCAGCAGCUGUUGGUGGACCUUGGCAACGACAGUGGCAACAACAGCAAGGGACACACGUGGGACAAUUGGGAUGAUGACUGGGAGAAGGUCGAUGGACAGUGAAACCACUUUGAGACUGUUCAGAAUUAGUUUAUAAGAUUCCAAAAAGAAAUCAUAUAUACAUAUAUAUAUAUAUAUAAAUGUGUGUGGUCUUCAUAUCUUGCAAUUUAAUUUUUGGCAGUCACCAUUCAUCUGCAGUUAUCGUUGAUUACUUGUACUAUUGAAGAGCUCCUGAGAAGGCAUUUCAGGUCAUGAAAUCUCAGAUUAUCUUUAUGUAAGUCAAGUUUUCUUAGAUCUAUUGCAGUCCUUGAUUUGUUCAUAUUUUUGGCAUUUUCCUUUAAUGGUUCAACCAAGAAACAAGGAAGGAAAAAAAAUAGAAGGGCAAAAGUUAAAUCUGAUAAACAUGGUAAACAUCAACUUAACAAUGAAUUGAAAAAUAUUGAUUUGAUAUUUUAGUUUGUGUGAAGGAUAUACAGGUGAUAUUUAAGGAAAGAUAAUAUUGUGCUUCAGUGUGAGGAAGAUUAAAGAUGCAAGUAGUGCUGUUUGAGAUAAGAAAAGAUAAUCAUUCAUUAUUAAACUUGACUUUAAAAUACCUUCCAAUUUUUUAAAUAGUGACAUUUAUACUAUCUGUAUUUAUAACAAACUGAGGAAACCCAUUUUAUAUUCUAUGGUUUUAGAACAAGGAUGUUUUACUCUUAGUUUAUAUAUAUAUUUUUUUUAGAUUUUGUCUGUGUAUUAUGUUUUUUGACAUGUUAAAAAAGUAGUUCUCCCUGUAGUGAGUUUUUUUUCAUAUAAACUGUUUCUUCCUAGUAUUGAAUUGUCUGAUCACACUUUUUUUUAUUGAUUUUGUAGUACCAAAUGUAUAAUUUUUGAUAAUAGGUUUCCAGGGAACUUGGUCUUUUGAUUAUUAUCACUUCUGUUUGACUUAAGAAUGUUAAUAUAGCAUUAUUCAUUAUCAAAGAAAUAAUUUCUUGCCCAUCUGUUGGAGAAAAUGAGAAUGAGACUUCUGUCACAGAUUCUUGGUUUGGUGGCAAGAUGUAUUCCAGCCUCAUUUCCUUCACCCACUUGAGCUGCCCAGAUUGUAACAGUACUCAUUAUUCACAAAACAAACAAACAAAAAAAAUUAUGUAAUGGUGGUGGUGACAGUUUGGUUGAUUGGCGAGACACUUUGUUUUUCAUACAUUAUAAGGAGAGACAUAAAGCUUACUUGAAAUUAUAGCACACCAGUGAGAGGACUUCAUUUCAGGAAACUUGCCAUAUAAUUCAUUUGAUUCUUUUGGUUUAACACCCCCCCCCCCCCUUUCUUUUUUUUUUAAGGGUGUAUUGUGUUUUGCUAAAAUAUAUCUUAACUUUCUAUAGUUUGCAUCUUAAUGGCAUACAAUCUAAUUUUGUAUAUGAAUGGCUGAUCUUUGAGUGAUUGUCUUCAGGGGCUAAUGCAAUAGGUCGAUGAUUAAGAUUUCUUAUGAUUUUGUGCCUGAGAUUUGUGUGCAAUUUGCCACUUUUAUUCACAUAACCUCUAUCUAUCACAUCUUACUUUCAGGUUUAUUUUAGUUUCUGGUUUAUUGAUCUUGACCUGGGAAUUAUUGGGUCUGUUACUAAAAAAGUGAUUCUAUCCAUUGAAAUGCCAGUCUUUGAUAGUGUGGAUGCUACUAAUAAGUGAACGGAAGAUAAACCACAAUAUUUGAAUAUUGAGGAUUUACAUUGGACAACAAGAGAUUGAAUAUGAAAUAUGUAAUGUAAAUGUCUAGACCUAUAAGAAACUCAUGAAAGAGAAUUUUCAGAGUGGUAAUCAAAGCUCAAGUUUAUCUAUGAAGUGGAUAAUGAUUACAGUGUACAUGAGAAAGAUUGUAGGUGCAAAGUGAGGCUCAGGAACAAAGUUUUAGAAAUAAUUCAGAAGAAAAGACAAUUAUGAGAGUAACAAAAUUCACAGAUUGAAAAGAGACCACGUUUUGUUUUUCAGUUUAAGUAGACGUUUCAGGAAAGUGUUAAUUUUUUUAGUCACACAGCUUAAGUUUUCUUUCCUUUUUGGCAGUAGUUGUCUUAUGAUCUUGUUUCAUACCUAAUAAUUGCCAAGAACUUCUUGUGUUUGACAGUUUUGAUAUUUAAAAAAGAAUUUAGGAAGGGAAUGUAUAUUGAAAAGAUUUUGCCUGAGUAUAUUGAUAUUGUAUUAGUAUAGAAACAAGCAUUGCAGUGGAACUAUUUGUUUUUCAGAGCAUUAAAACCAAUAGAAGUCAGGUUUAGAGCCACAGAGAUUUUAACCCAGUGGUGCAUUGUAAUCCUAUGAUCUACUGUCGUUUUCUUUAGUGAAUUUUGGUUGCAAAUUGAUGGGCACCCAAGUGCCUAGAUACUAAAUUCUCUGCUAAUUUCUCAUUCUUUUGAUUUUUUUUUCUAAUACUAGUUAUAUCAAAUUUUGUUGUUAAUGUUGACAUUGUUAUUAUUAUAUUAUUAUUAAUACUAAUAGCAGCAAAAUAAAUUUAAGGAAUAUUUCUCACCAUCAAGAAAAAAUGAUUUAUUUAUUUAUUUAUUGAGCAUUUUGUGCUGCAUCAACAUCUAAGGUCAUUAGCGGUGUAUUCAAAAUAGUGAUAGGGUGGGGCCUGGGGACGAAGCCUACAGGUAAGAAAGUUUUUGCUUCAGUAAAUAGACAUUUAUGGAUUCCUAGGAUGGUCAGUGGUCAAAACAAACAAAUUACCAUAAUGCUGUAUGAUCUUUGAAGUCUGGUACAAGUAUUGUGGCGAUAAGGGUAAAUAUGAGUCAACAAUUUGGAUAAGUGGACUGAAGGGGAUGAAGAAAAGAAGGAAAAGGAAAGAGGGAGAAGAAAAGACCUUGCAAAAUUAGUGAAGGGGAGGGCUGAGGUUCAAAGCAAUGGGGAUCCCUACAUUGGGCCUCAGUCUCCACCUCCAAAGCCCCCCCCCCCCCCACACACACACCAUGACAACGAGCUAGGGAUGGGGGGGGGGGGGGUAUCAAGAAAAAGGGUUAAAGGUAAGCUAGAUAGGACUUAUCACUGCCUCCUUGGCAAUUAAACACUUGUGGAGCUGUGUUUAAAGGCAAUAAAGAAACAAAAAGACACCAUGGGCCUGUCAUGUAUUCAUGCCAUCUCAUCAACAUUGGGUUAAUUGUGAAGAUUAGGUUACUUUACAUGGUUAGGUUUUAAGGGUUUCCUUGCUGUACAAAGAAUAUUAUGAGAUGUGAAACAAAGCAACAUGUGUGUUCUCUUAAAAGAAUCUUUCUUGGCCAACACAUACAAUAUAUCUGCAAAGGCACUUCUAGGGAUUGCAGAGAAGUUUGAUGGUUUCUUAAGAGCUUGGUAGAGAAAAGAAAUUAUUGAUACCAAAAAUUUAACUGAAAGUGUGCUCUGGUAUUAUUUGGAAUAUCUGAAUGAAAUUAGUAGCUUCAGUUGUUAUGUGGAGUAGUUGUAUAAAAAGGUCCCAGAUGUAUACAGUGUCAUUUAUUAAAAGAAUAGACAGACUAAAUAUUCAUAUUUUUUUUUUGGGGGGGGAAAUUAAGAUAAAUAUAUGCCACUGUCUUCAUGGCACAAUGGACACAGCAUUUACUAAAACAAAGGAAUAUACAUAUAUUUCUUUUCUCGGUCGUUCUUGAUAUUCAGUAUCUAUGAUUUAAUAUUCCAAUAUAAUUCCAUACAUUAUAACUCAGUUUUGCUUUACUUUUUGGCACAUGAUUUAGAUAUUUCUGAACUUUGCAUGCUUGGUUAUGGGAAUGUAUACCUGUACACAGAAGCACUUUGUAAACUGCUAGAAUACCACAGAGUCUUAUUAUCGUCCUUAUUAUACAUGUAAUAACAGCUGAGCAUACAUAGGGAAUAAUCACCAAUAUGAUCACCAAGAACAGCUGUGACAGAAGUUACUGGUUCACAUCAAUAUAUUUGCUGUAUUAUGGUCAGUUAUUGUUAUUAUUUUUAGUAAUAGUGGUUUUAUUAAAUCUUGGGUAUAUAAUAAUAUUCAGAUGCUGGAAAUUUAUGGGGCAAUGGAAGAAGAAGGAGUCAAUUUAUACUGGGGUACAAAUUGUGUUCACUGAAAUUUUCCUGUUUCUCCUUUCUGGUCUUAGCGUAAGCUUGACAGUAAUAUCAUGCAUGUAUUUCUUUACUUGUAUAUGUGUAUGUGUUCCUACUGUGCUGAUGACAUGAAAUUGAAAACAGGAUUGCAUGUUCAUAGAGAAAAUACAAGUAAUGAUUGUGCACUGUAAUUGCUAUUGAGGCACUUCUGUGAAAAAGCUUCCAGCAAAAUAGGUUUAUCCUAUUGUACAUUUUGAAGUUCAAGCUAUUACAUUUCAAACCAUGUAUAUGCACAAAGUAGUGCAGGUGUAAUUAACCUUUUAUCCUGCAUAGUGAUAUCAUAUGAUAAUAAAUAGAGGGUCAUCUGUCACAUAAGGCCGUCCUUUGCCCAUUAUUUAGAGCUCUAUGAAAAUAAAAUUCUUCUAUUUUGAUUUAUAGUAUCACAACUAGUAUGAUCAUAGGAUGGGGAUAAUAUUUACAUACUUGAACUCACACCUUUUGAGGUGCUAUUUGUGUAUCUUACUGUUUGUGAUAUGAUGCUGUCUGGCUGACACUCCAAGAGCAGAUUUAUGAUUUAGUGUUUUUUUUGCUACUGGAAAAUUUUAUUGCAAGAAUAGAUUAAAAAGAAAGUGUAUUCAAAGAAGAAGUGAUGUAACAAACACUUAUUACAAUAUAACCUACUGAUUAAGAGCUACUUUAUGUAUCUAAGGAAAAACUGGUAAAUAUUUAGACUAUUCGUCAAAUUCGAGGUGCAUCUUCCUGUAAACAUAUUGACUCAAGAUAUGAGCAGUGUAAGGCCUGCAGAUAUUUAAAAGCAACUUUCCUUACUUGCUGAGUAUGCAAACCCUAAUGAAUGGUUAAUGGUCAAAAGAAAAGAAAAAUGUGUUUAGACAUCAAAGGUCGUAUAGCACAACAGGAAAGUAUAGUAGUGAAAAGGAAACUUUAAUGAAUUCUCAGUACUGAAUGUGAAUUUUUCCAAUUAAUGAAAUAUAUUUGUUUUAUAAUAACUUUACUUACUAGGUUUUAAUAAUGAUCAUGAUGACAUGCUUGGUAAAAUAUAUUGUUCAGGUGUGGACAUCAUACUCGGCUUGAUAUUCUUUGGUAUAUACCUCAGAAUGUAUUUUUAUUUUUUGUGUCUAUGGUCUGUGUCUUUGUGUUUUAGGAGGAUAGGAACCAUCAUAUAUCAUUGUAUAUCAUAAUAUAUUCCCCUAUAUUUUGUGUAGAGAGUUAAUAAUAUACAUUACAAGAAGUGCAUCGGUGUCAAUUAUUGUGUGUGAAAUAUUUGCUGGUUGGCAACUAGAAAGACUACUCUUUUACACCCCCCCCCCCCCCCAGCUUUGUACAUCAAAUAAUACUAUUUUCAGGCUUUUAGCAGUCGUUUUGCAAUUUGUUUUCUGUGUAUCAUUAUCUUUAGAUUUCAUCAGUCACUAAUUUAUAACCUUACACUUUUUUUUUUUGCUUUUAGGAUUCUUGGUAUUUUUAAAGGUUUCUUAUAUGUUAAAGUACAGAACUGAGAGGUAAGUGUUUAUUGGAGCAAAAAGUUUCUGACAGAUGAAGUUUUUAUAAUAUUGUCAAUUAUUAAAAAAAUGGCUAGAAUGCUCUUGGAACUGAUAAGUAUAUUCAACAAUUAGUGUGAUCUGCUGCAGAAUUUACAAUAACUCAUUUGGGUAUAACAGUAUGUGAAGUAUAAGAAAUUGUCUGUAGUUGCUCAUGUGGUUGUUCCUUAUGCAAAUGAAAUGUUAUGCUCUGUUAAAUGCUAUUUCAAGUGGAGCUGAUGAACAGGGGUGGUUGCAGAACACAUCUUGCUUUCUUACUUGCCUCUUGAUAAAAAGCUUGGAAUGCUGUGUGUAGUUUAAAAGUAAAUGAAAUGUUACACAUUGCAUGGCUUUAAGAACUUUUUAGACCUAUGAUAAAUUUGCCUCCUCUGCAUAUAAAUGAUAACAUACAGAGUAUUCUGCUGGUUUGUGGAACUCGAAAAGACUGACUUGUUUUGGAGUCGGCGCCUGCCUAUGAUAAAUUAUAGCUUUUCUAACUUUGAUACAUAUCUGGUAAUUUUUAUAAGAAACUAGAAUGAACUGAACUCAUGAAAGCAGAGCAGAAAUGAAAUACCUUAUAAUGUGUAUUCUGGUGCCAUGUUCCAGCUGUAUCAUGUGCCAUAGUUCAUAUUAUAUUUUCCAAAAGUGUAAAACCAGGUCUUGAAAUAAGCCUAAAGGGUACUGUACUUAAAUUUGGAUAUAUAAGAAAGAAAAAAGUUCUUUGCUUGGACCACUUCACACAAUUUUAGUGAAAUGUAUACAUGAUUAUUGGUGAACUUGAAGUGCAAGACGUAUGAAUUUACUAAUUCUCUAAGUAUCAAUGAGGAUGUAACAUUUACUAACAUUAAAAUUCUAAGGUAUUAUGUCUUUAAGUUAAAUAUGUGGGUAGGAUUCAAAGGAACCACAUAUUUUGCUGACUCUUGAAAUCCAAAAUUCUAUACAAAGAAAUAAGUUGAUCAAAUACUGUCAGAAGAUGCUUGGUUCAUUCUGCUCUGAAGCAUUUUGUACUAGUAAUGGUCUGCCGUAUAUGGUGUUCGACUUGUUUACUAGACCUAUCUAUAUGUAACAUUAUUAAAGUUUAUUUUCAUAUUCUAAACACUACCUGGAUGAUUAUAUCUUAUGAAGUCGUGCUUUGAUUUCUUGCUUUAACUUUAAAUUAUGAAAUAUUUAAUAAAGAAUAAUGACAAA